AACAAACUAAACAAUUGAAGAAAGGAACGUAAAAUUAGAUUUCGAUCAAUAGCAGUAAACUGGUAAAGUUAAAUUGAAGGCCACCAAACUUGUAUGUAUUUUUGGGUGGAGUUACUAAAUAUUAUGCAGACUUAAUAAUGUAAAUAGGCCUACCUUCACGCGAUCGUUCUAAGGUAGUAUCUAUGUUUUCAGUCUGUUAACAGAUCGAUCUAGUCUAAUUUCAGACUUGUUGAUACCGCUGAAACUAUGAAGGCAUUUCGUUUAUUCGUGAUCCUGGGCUUACUGUCGAUUACGUUUAGUAGGCGAGUAUCAGUUAGUGAGGAGGAAUAUCUAGAGCAAUAUGGUUACCUAACUCCAGUUUCGGACGGGGUAGAACGUUCAGAUGAUGAGUUGCGUGAAGGACUUUUGUCGUUCCAACGCCGAAACAACUUACCAGAGACGGGAACCAUGACAAGCGAGACAAGAGCAAGGAUGUCGCAGCCGAGAUGUGGCGUCAGAGAUGACGAACCGCAGCAAUCUCUCCUUCGAUUUGCAUGGGUUGGAACAAAAUGGUUGAGUACAUCUUUAACGUACAGUUUUUUGAACUACACAACUGACAUACCUGUGAAUGAUACCAGAGAAGCUAUUGAAGCUGCUUUCAAACUCUGGAGUGACGUCAGUCCUUUAAGAUUCACCAAAGUAGAUCCAUCAUCUAAUCCUGAUAUAAACAUACUGUUCAGUGAUGGAGAACACGGAGACAAUAAUCCAUUUGAUGGCCCCUUAGGUGUGCUUGCCCAUGCAUUCUACCCAGGACCGGGAUUUGGUGGUGACGCACAUUUCGACGAGGCUGAAAAUUUUACAAUUAAUGGAGGACCCGGGAUUGAUUUGUUCCAAGUGGCUGCACAUGAGUUUGGCCACAGCUUAGGCCUCAAUCAUUCAAGUGAUCCUGCUGCUUUAAUGUGGCCGUAUUAUUCAGGAUACAUUCCUAAUUUCAUGCUACCGCAAGAUGACAUUAAUGGAAUACAGUAUAUCUAUGGGUCCAAUCCAGAUGCACCUUCUACAACAUCCGCACCAGACAACGAGAUUCAUGAAAGAAACGAAGAUUGCCUGUGUAUCCGACGUAAACCAGAUAUAUAGUGACGUCAUAUUCCUGUAUAUAUAGGCCUAUAUACAUAUAUAUAAAGCCUAUAUAUUUACAUAUACAUAUAGGCCUACAUAGGCCUAAUGUUAAAAAGGUUAAAUAACAUUAUAAUAUCCCUAUACAUUUGUAUGUACAUAGAUAGGCCUAUGCAUUAUAAUGACAAUUGCAAAGAAUUUUUGUGGAUAAAAUUUUUAACUCAGCUGUUUACUUUAUAGCCUAUAAAUACAACUGAACGUUUACAAUUCUGCUGUACUUGCUAAAUUUUAAACUCACAAUUAAACCUGUCAUAGUAUACUUUGCACGCGGCGGUCACAACCAAUCCUUAAUAAUUACUGUAUAGCUUGAAAGUAUUUAAAGCAGAAUCUUGUUUACGAACACUGAUACAUACACCUAAAUAAAUACGGUUCUAAACCAGUAGCGGAUACAUCAAAUCCAAAUACAUGGGGUCCAGUGAGGGACUUUGGCAAAUAGAGGGUAUAUACCACCUCAGCCCAACCACGGUUGGGGCUGAGGUGUGGAUAUUUCACCACUAAGUGGCCGUAACUGGCACUCUUAGACUUGAAUUUUAUUAUAAUUUUGUCCUUUUGGCUCUCAAUUCUCUUUUAAUUUCCAAGAAUUUAGAGUGGGGGAGGGAAGGCGGUGGGGAGCGGGCCGACUGGGCCUUCUUCAUUUCGCCACAGUAAACGUUAAUGUCAAUGAAAGGUAUAAGAAUAGUAAAAUGUAUUACGAAAGCCAUGCACAGCAUCUAUUAAUUAUUGUUAAUGCAAUUGUGGAUGAUGAUGGAGAUGUGACUUGAUAUUUUAAAAAGAAAUCAGGUCGUUAUUUUGUAUGGUCGUCGAAUGCACGCUUAUAAGAUAUAGUUGAUUUUUGAUAAAGUAUAAUAUCAAUCCAUGUAUGUAUACAGUGUAUAUAUUGUAACAUAAUUUGUAUAUAAAAAUAUUAUUUAGAUUUACAGAAAUUAUAUUUAGAUGGAUGUAUUUUUGUUUAUAUAAAUAAUUAACGCAAAAUAUUGUUACUUCUCCAAACUCUUUAACUCUCCUUCUUUCAAAUGAGCGAGAGAGCUAGAGAUGUGACAACUAUUACAUUAGUAAGAAAGGGAAAAAAGAAAAUAUAGGGCGUUACUAACGAGUGAAUUUAUUAUGUCAAUAUUAUGGCCUAACAUUUUAUCUUAUGGUGUAGGAUAUCAGCAUACUUGCCUUACUUGCAUGACGACUCCAUUAAACAUGUCUGGAUUGACAUAAAAAUAUGUAACAAUUGUUUCCAAUAGGCCUAGUGCUGAUUAUUUACGUAUUAGCUUUUUCCUUUGCUGUCGUAAUUGCUUUGCAUAGGAAGUAUCAUCAAAUAAGUGGUCUUUGUUUAUGCUAGUCGGCUCCAAUAAAAUAUUUGUUGUCGAUUAA